CCGCAUUCUUUCUACACUCCUACCACCAAUCAACCUCACCCAGCUACUACAAACCCAAUUAACCAGUAAUCCCCCCCCCCCUCACCACUACCACUGCCACUCUCACUAACACCCCCAGCUCACCACACAGACUACAGCACCCUCAUCACCACCACCACACCCACCACUCCUAACUCUACAAACAAGAUGACCACCCGCCCCCUCAGCCCGCCCACCUCGCCCAUCGCCCGCAAACGCACCUGCGCCCCAUCCCUCCCCUCCUCGCAACGCCUCUGCCACGACUGGAUGAUUGUGCAAGGCAAUGUGCACUACGCGCGCGACCGGGCCCAUUUCACCACCUACCGGCCCAUCACCCUGCGCCUAAAAAACAACAUCUUCAAUCCGACCGAAGAGCUCCAAGUGGCCGGGAUCGGGAGCGUGCAGAUUCCCGUGGUGCGGAAUCUCGAGAACCCGUUCGAUACGCACACACUAACGCUAGACAACGUGCUGCAUAUCCCCGAGGCGGUGUGUAAUGGGUUCAACCCGUUGCUGUAUGGGAGUAGUAUGUCGUGUACGGAGACGGCGUGGACGGGGGCGGAUCGAGAGGGGAGGAUGAUGUGGGUGGCCAGACCGUUUCGGGGGGGUGCGAGGAUGGUUCUGGGGGGUGGGUUGUGUGGGGAGGGGGAGAGUGAGAUUAUUGAGGGGAGGUAUUAUACGUUGAGUUUGUAUGUUAGUCCUGAGGAGAGGGGGGUGAUGGGUUGAUUUGUUUCUUUCUUUCUGGCUGUGUGUGUGUAACUAGUGGUGUAGGUAGGUGUGUAUGUGUAUGUGUAUAAUAGGAGAAAUAAGACUUGGAGACAGACAGACAUGUGGAGUGCACGUGGAGACUGAACACAUCCGACCUGCCUAGGCUCGACCCUGCAGCAGCCUAGACUGGCGACUGGCCACUGUUUAGCUGCCACUGGCUGCCCCCGACGGUCUGUGCGGUUGGGCUGCAGUGGAUGCAGUGGAUGCCCGAGCAUCGGUGAGCCCACCC